CCCCCGCCGACGCCGGACGCGGCCCGGGGGCCACCGCCGCGCCCAUCAUUCAUGUGUUUAUUCAAUUUGGAGGGAAGCUUUCGCGGACGAUCGCCUAGCGUUGCCUUCAGUCUUGGAAAUUGCGAGCUUCCCCCGGCUCCCCGGAGAUCCAGGUGAAAGGAGAGAGGCGGUGGGAGCGCGCCGGGGUGAUUUUUAUGAAUGGGACUGUUGGAAGGUUGCUAGAGGUCCGGAGUCCCAGGAAACCUCCAGCUAAAUGCACAGAAAAUAAAACCCUCAGCUGAGAAUUUUUUUUUUUUUUGGGGGGAGAAGAGCGUUGGGAUGGAUGGAUAUUAUGACCAGCAAGUGCCUUACAUGGUCACCAAUAGUCAGCGUGGGAGAAAUUCUAAUGAGAGACCAGCAAAUGUCAGGAAAAGAAAAUUCAUGAACAGAGACCUGGCUCAUGAUUCAGAAGAACUCUUUCAAGAUCUGAGCCAGUUACAAGAGACAUGGCUUGCAGAAGCUCAGGUACCUGACAAUGAUGAGCAGUUUGUGCCAGACUAUCACGCUGAAAGUUUGGCUUUUCACGGUCUCCCACUGAAAAUAAAGAAAGAACCACACAGUCCGUGCUCGGAACUUGGCUCCGCCUGCAGCCAAGAACAGCCGUUCAAGUUCAGCUAUGGAGAAAAGUGCCUGUACAAUGUCAGUGCCUAUGACCAGAAGCCACAAGUGGGAAUGAGGCCUUCCAACCCCCCGACGCCAUCCAGCACCCCAGUCUCGCCGCUGAAUCAUGCAUCCCCCAGUUCAGCUCACACUCCAAAACCCGACCGGGUCUUUCCUCCGCACCUGCCUCCGUCCCAACCCCUCCAAGACAACAGCUACCCUAUGGACCACAGAUUCCGUCGCCAACUCUCUGAACCUUGCAAUUCCUUUCCGCCUCUGCCCACCAUGGCAAGAGAAGGACGUCCGAUGUAUCAGCGCCAGUUGUCCGAGCCCAACAUCCCCUUCCCCCCUCAAGGUUUCAAGCAGGAGUACCACGAUCCAGUCUAUGAACACAGCACCGUGGUCGGCAACGCUGCCAACCAAAGCUUCCCCCCUCCGCUGAUGAUUAAACAGGAACCCCGAGAUUUUGCGUACGAUUCAGAAGUGCCUAGUUGCCAUUCCCUUUACAUCAGGCAAGAAGGUUUCCUGGCUCACCCCAACCGAACAGAAGGCUGCAUGUUCGAGAAAGGCCCGAGACAGUUUUACGAUGACACCUGCGUCGUUCCGGAGAAGUUCGACGGAGACAUCAAACAGGAGCCCGGGAUGUACCGGGACGGUCCCACCUAUCAGCGACGAGGCUCGCUCCAACUCUGGCAGUUUCUGGUCGCCCUCCUCGACGACCCCUCCAAUUCCCAUUUCAUCGCCUGGACCGGCCGAGGCAUGGAGUUCAAACUGAUCGAACCGGAAGAGGUGGCACGUCGCUGGGGUAUUCAGAAAAACAGGCCAGCUAUGAACUACGAUAAACUCAGCCGUUCGCUCCGCUAUUAUUAUGAGAAGGGAAUCAUGCAGAAGGUGGCGGGAGAGAGAUACGUCUACAAAUUCGUGUGCGACCCCGAAGCCCUUUUCUCCAUGGCCUUCCCAGACAACCAGCGCCCGUUGCUGAAGACGGACAUGGAGCGCCACAUCAACGAAGAGGACACCGUGCCCCUGUCCCACUUUGACGAGAGCAUGGCGUACGUUCAGGAAGGAGGCUGCUGCAACCCGUACAACGAAGGCUACGUGUACUAACGUGCGCGCUAACGCGUACACGCCAACGGCAGUGACAGUGAGGGGGCGGGGAGGGGAGAGGAGGAGCCCUCUCCCCGGGCUCUUCCUCUUCCACAAGAUACGGAGAAAAGCUGAAUUCACUUCAUUUGUUUUCUUUUUGUUUGUGGUUUUUUUUUUUAAAGUACACAAAAGGGGGCUCUUCCUGUUACAUUAUUCCUAUGGUCUGCCAUGGACAGCGCACUUUAUUUGAAGGGGGAGGGAAGGAAUCUAAACAUUUGUCUAUGUAAUAGGAAGGAAAGGGGCGGG